UUUAUUGUUUCCUUUUGAGGUUAGUUUAGUUGAGGAAAAAAUGUAUAAAAGGAGCAAUAAUAAGUCGAAUGAACCCGAUUCAAAGGUUUACCGGCAUUUAUUGGGUGGUACUACCGAUUCCCAUAGUCAGGCAGUAGCUUCAAGAAGGAAUUUCACUGUAUUAUCCAUGGAGGCCGCUUCCAAAAGCCUGGAUAACUCGAGCUACUGCCACUUCCUCACACAAAAACUAGACGAUCUCCUCGACACAACCGCACAUUAUAAAAAUGGCGAAAACUUUUACGACAAUUUACUAAAAGAGUCACACCCGAACCUAGAAACUAAGCGGCAAUUUACGACAUCGAAAAAAAUGCCUAAAAUCGAUUUAACGAGGCACUUGGACCUCUUGGAGUGUUCCGGGGACCGAAAGUUACUCUGCCCCCAAUCGGAGGCUUCAUCCGAAGCGGCAACAAAACAGUUGAACGCAUUCAUGAGUGAAAAAAACAAAAAAUUGACACUAGAGAGGCUGAUGCAACAGGGAGGUCCGAGGAGGCAAAGAGGAGACACUCGCAAUUGUUUUAUAACCACCGCGAGUGAGGAGCUGGGAAAACAAACGAAACAAAACCAGGGCGGGGGGGAUUCUAAUCUAAAAAAGAUGACGAAACGUCGGUUCGUUUCCCCCCUCCUCACCUCCGGUAAGGAAAAGUCAAGUGAGCACGUUGCUCCAGAAGAAAAAGAGACGGCGAUAGAAGAAGAGUCUCUGAAAAACAUCGAUCCGAAAAUGGUGGAACUGAUAAUGGCGGAAAUCAUGGAUAAGGCGGGGACGCGGGUCCAUUGGGACGACAUCGCCGGUCUGGAUUGCGCGAAAUCGGCGAUCCAGGAGGCGGUGGUGUGGCCGCUGUUGCGUCCCGACAUUUUCACCGGAUUACGCAGACCCCCCAAGGGGAUUUUGUUGUUCGGGCCGCCGGGAACCGGGAAAACUUUGAUAGGUAAAUGCGUGGCGGCCCAAAGUAAAUCGACCUUCUUCAGCAUCAGCGCGUCCUCCUUAACCUCAAAAUGGAUCGGCGACGGUGAGAAAAUGGUGAGGGCGCUGUUUGCGGUAGCACGUACCCACCAACCGGCGGUGAUUUUCAUAGACGAGGUCGAUUCGUUGCUCGCGCAAAGGAGCGAUACGGAACACGAGAGUUCGCGCAGGAUCAAGACCGAGUUCUUGGUACAAUUGGACGGCGCGAGUACCGACAGCGAGGAACGUUUGCUGCUGAUCGGGGCCACCAAUCGGCCACAGGAGUUGGACGAGGCCGCACGCAGGCGUUUCGUUAAGAGAUUGUACAUUCCGUUGCCCGAUUAUGAGGCACGCCUCGGCCUACUGCGACUACUGAUGGCCUCCGAGAGACACACACUAACAGACGACGAGUUUAAAACAAUCGCCGACUUGUCCGCGGGAUAUUCGGGGGCGGACAUCAAAAAUUUGUGCUCGGAGGCCGCUCUGGGGCCCAUCAGGGCUCUGCCCCUCGCUUCCAUCGAGAACAUUCGGGCGUCCCAAGUCAGACCGUUGGAAAUGGCCGAUUUUCGAUGUUCCCUCGAACGGGUCAAACCGAGCGUAUCCCAAAACGAUUUAGUACAUUACGUCAGUUGGAACAAGACUUACGGAUCGUGCGGAUUUGCUUAAGAUAUUCGCUUGUACAAAUAAAGUACAAUUUUUUUCAUUA